AUGUUUUGUAAGAGUACGAGUAUCAUCAUCAACAAUCAUGGGUGUAGACAAUCAUCAUUAUUAUCAUCAUCUAUGAUAUUAAAAGGAUUCUAUAGUACUAGUAGUACUCGAAACAAGAGUAACAAGACACCCAGACCAGAGAGUCAUGUAGAGAUCAAGAAACAUUUUAAAUCAAUUAAAUUACAAUCACCACCUAAUGGUUUAUUGGUUAUAAACAAAGAUGCCGGUUAUACAAGUACUGAUUUAACAAAAGUAAAGGUUGGUCAUGGUGGUACUUUGGAUUUAGAUGCCGAUGGAGUUAUGGUCAUUGGUUUGGGAAGUGGUUGUAAACUAUUGAAUCGAUUCUUAACAUCUGACAAGAAAUACUUUGCUACUUGUGAGUUUGGUAGAGAAACAACUACAUGUGAUAGAUCUGGAGAGUUUAUAGACAAUGGAUCAAGUUCUUUUAAAAAAUAUGAUCAUUUAACAUUGGAUAUGAUUAAUCAAAAGUUGAAUGAACCAGAGUUUAGAGGAUCGAUUGAACAAAUACCACCAAUAUACUCGGCACUACGAAUCAAUGGAAAGAGAUUGAGUGAUCUAGCCAACCAAGGUGUUAAAGUGGCACCAUCGGCACGACAAGUAACAAUAUACGAUUCAAAGUGUACUCGAUUGCAAGGUUAUCAAGCUGAUUAUACUAUGCAUGUAAGCUCUGGCUUCUAUGUAAGAAGUUUUGUGGUUGAUGUUGCUAAAGCUUUGGAUUCUACAUGUUACAUUACACGAUUACGUCGUGAACAAGUUGGACCAUUUACAUUGGAUCAUUGUCUAAGAUUAGAAGAUUUAUUUACAUUACCACAACAACAUCAACUAGAACAACAACAAAACACAGAAAUACGAGAUAAAUUAAUAUCUGAAAGAAUUCAAAAACACAUGAAAGAUAUGGAGAUAUUACUCAACAAUUAUACAAAGAUUACAAACCCAUCAAUUAAAUUAUCAAACUCUACCAUCAUCAUUUAA